CGACCCCUUUUCGUGAAUCUUCUACUGUUUCCACCACAUCCUACUGCGACACCUCAAGAGAGCGGCGACACAUAUCGAAGCUUUCUUCAACGUAACACAUAAGUUUGCGAUACUUGAACACGUAAAUCAUGGUAGCUAGCAAGACGAAGAAGACGGCCAAGUAUACAUAUGCGGAACGUGUACUGAGUGCGUUAUCUCAUGCUCAGCAAGAGCACAGAAAACAUGCCGUGCACCAUGCCACACUGCGGGCUGAAGUUCGCAAGAGGGCAGAAACCAAGAAGGAUAAGCUUGGGCCACAGUGGUCCAGCUGGGUGAAACGCACUGUCGAGAAGCUGGAGGAUAAGGGGGCCAUCGAGGCGUCCGGCUCAAAUGGCAAUGUAGCCUUGACGCCUGCGGCAAAGAAAGCGAUCGCCGAUGCCCGACGACAGUUUGCCGCAUCAAGCCAUGCAGAUUGUCCUUUGCUGGAGGAUGAAGUCUGGAGAUCGGUAUCAGAACACUUCACGCGUGGUACUAAGCGCAGGAAGUUCGCUGGUGGCCAUGACCCUGUGGACUCAGAGGAUGAAGUACUCAGUGAGGUUGACGAUUCCUUCAGGGGUAAGAGGCGGAGGAGGUCUAGCGGACGACGAAGGCCGCCGUCGCAGAUGAGCAGGGCGGAGUUGCUGCAGCAACUGCGCAACCUUCAAGAAGCUCACUCUCAAGCUAUGAACGAUUUGCAGUCCCACACCCAUGAUGAGGAGACAGAAGAAUCGCGGCGCCUCCGUGAAGAACUUCGUGCCAAGGAACAGGAGAUCGAGGCCGUCCGGAAGGAGCUCGAUGAAGUGAAGUCUGCGUCUGCGGCGAUUGGUGCAGCCAUGCAUGGCGACAGCAUCAGCCGAGCAGCCUCUCCCGGACCCUCAUUUAUACCGGAACCUCCUCGUGCCGACACACCGCCCGUUUCUUCCGUCUCCGCGUAUCGCCCGAGGGCGAUGGACGGACUUGUCCGCACUCAAUCUGGCUCCUUCAUAUCCCAGCUGAGCAAGCAGCCCACGCCUGCGCCCAGUACGUCUGGGACGCCCGAACCGGAGCCAGCGUACGAUAGUACGAGUAUGACCUAUGAUGACGAGGGCGACACUCUUGUGCCAGAGCCGGACGAAGUCAGCGGCCUUGGCAAGGACGGCGGGAAUGCGAAGUCCUUGUUGACGCCCGAGUGGUCUCCUCGAGGCAUGCAAGAAAAGGCUCAGAUGGCGGUGCUUGCAAAGCUUCGGGCGACGUUGGAUGCUGAGUAUCAGGAGAAGCUUGCGGCCUUGGAUCAAGUAUCUGAAUCUCGUGCAUCUGAAUUGCGGGCGGUGACUAGCCAGCUUGACCUGGAGAAGAAAGCGACACAGGCGAUCAUGUCAGAGAGAGAUCAGCGUAUUGCAGACCUCUUGGCCGAGUUGAGCUCUGAGAAGGAGCUGGCGGCUUCCAAGGACACUACCCUGGCGUCCAAGGAUAAGGAGAUAGCGUCUCUCCAUGACAACCUGGCGUCCCUUGAGCAAUCUUCUGCUGUCCUGCGCUUGCAUGAAGUAGAACUCGAGAAGAUUUUGGCGGAGAAGGACAAAACUAUCAGUGGCCUGACGCAAGAUAAGUUGUCUCUCACGUCUGAACUGUCUGCCGUCCUGGCCGAGCUGGUCGGUGCUCGCGACGAGCUCAAUACGAAGGAGUCCGAGAUUGCUACUUUGUCCUCGCGAGUGCAUGCAUCGGAGGAGACCAUUACUGCGCUACGAGCUGAAACGACCGACCUGGCGGCAAACAAGGCUGAACUUGAGCAACGGUUGUGUGAGGCCCGCGACGCCCACAUCCGGGAAGUGCAUCAGAAUGACGCCGAGAUCUCGCGCUACAGGCAAGAAGUCGAGAGCCUGAAGAUCCAAGUGGCUUCUCUGGAGGCCUCUGCCAUUGACAUGGAGCAACAGCUUGAGGCGUCGCGCGGCUGUGUCAACAGUCUGCAGGUUGACCUGUCAGAUGCCAACUCUUCCGUUCAGGACCUGCACACAGAACUCACGGAGAAGAACGAUGCUAUCGCUGCCCUCCAGGCUUCUGAAAACAUACUACAGGAAGACGUCUCUGCCCUCCAGUCUGAGCUGAGCCGGAGCAAGAUCCACAUGUCCGAGCUUGAGCUCACACUGGAUGAGAUGCGCGCCCGGCUCCAGAAUGGCGAGGAGCACUCGGCGGCAUUGAGCCGGGAAAUCGAAGUAACCCAGAAGGCGAAGCAGCAGCUCAUGGAGGCCGUGGAACAGCUCGAGGCCGCCAACACUCAGCGCCUCCUUGAGCUCGACGGGAAAAGUUCGGAAAUCGAGAGGCUGUCGACCGAGCUUGCCGCUUCUCAGGCUCGCGAGGCGGAGCUUGUCUCCAAGAUUCAAGAGGUGGAGCUCGCGAAAGCAGCGGAUGCUUCCCGCUAUGAGGCCGAGAUCGUUUCUCUGCGGUUUUCCUUGGAGUCAACGCAGCGCGAGGCGAAGGACCUCGAGGCCCAACUGGGAGUGACUCGUGCAGCUCGCGUCAAAUCUGAGUCGCACGUCAAGGAACUCUACGCCGACUUGGACUCAACGCGUUCGGAGCUGGAAGCAGCGACCGCUCGUUCUGCUGCUAUGGAGAAGGACCUGGGUGAAGCUACGGCGAGGAUCCGCGAGCUGCAAGACGGGCUUGAGCGUGCUGUGGCUGCGAGGCGCGCUGAGGAAAGCAAGCUCGCGACUCUCGUCAGUGGAUACAACAAGCUCCGCAAGCAGCAGAUGGAUUCGUAUGCCGAGUUCGACCAGACGGUUGCAUGGGUCCAUGCGCCCGAGGCUGAGCAGCGUGCAGGUCAAAUUCAGUAAUUUAUCUUAUUUGGCGCUUAUCAUAUAUCGAUUUGUUUUCGCUCAUCUAUGGACGACCUUUAUAAGUAUCAUAUGACCUAGGGUAUUUCCACAUCCUCAUACGUAUGCUACAAUGAUUGUUCUUAAGCUUAUGCAAUGCGA